AUGGCAAAGCAAGCAAGUAAGGAUUCACCGAAAGGUCAAAGCAAAGGACAUGCUCAACAGAGGCUGCGUGGCAAGAGGCAGAUCAACAAAGAAGUGGUCGACCUCAGGACUCUCCUCAUCCACUGUGCCCAAGCUGUAGCCGCUGACGACCGUCAGUUGGCCACUGAGCUCAUCAAGAAGAUAAGACAGCACUCCUCGCCAGAUGGAGACUGUACUCAGAGGCUGGCCUUUUACUUAGUGGAUGGCCUUGAGGCACGCCUAGCAGGGAUCGGGAGUCAGCUGUACCGCAAAUUACUGGCAAAGCGAGUAACUGAUGAAGAGGUGUUUAAGAUCUAUAAUCUUUGUCUUUCGGCUUUCCCUUUGCUCAGGUCAUCAUACGCCUUUGCCAACAAAACUAUUAUUGAAGCCUCCAGGGGGCAAACCAAGGUGCACAUCAUCGAUUUUGGCAUAUGCUUUGGCUUUCAAUGGCCAUCGCUGAUCCAGCAGUUUGCUGAGCAAGGAGUACCUCCAAUGCUUCGGGUUACAGGCAUAGAUGUGACUCGACCAGGUUUCGGCACCUUGGAGAUCGCUGAGCAGGCAGGGAAGCGGUUGGCUGAUUAUGCAAACAUGUUCAAGGUUCCUUUCCAAUAUCAGGGCAUUUCCUCACGAUUUGAAAACGUUCAGAUUGAAGAUCUCAAUAUUGAGGAGGAUGAAAUUGUCAUAAUCAACUGUUUGUACCGGAUGAAAUCUCUUGGCGAUGAGACAGUAGCCAUGAAUAGCGCAAGGGAUAGGGUGCUGAAACUCAUGAGAAGGAUAAACCCAAAGGUCUUUAUUCUCGUCGUCGUGAAUGGGUCAUACAGUUCUCCCUUCUUUAUAACACGUUUCAAAGAGCUUCUGUUCCAUUACUCCUCAGUGUUCGACAUGUUUGAUGCAAAUGUUCCACGGGAUAAUGAAGCAAGAAAGCUGUUAGAGGGGAGAGUGCUUGCGCGGGAGGCGAUAAACAUCAUAGGAUGUGAGGGUGCAGAAAGGACUGAGAGGCCAGAAACUUACAAGCAGUGGCAAGCAAGGUCCCUCAAGGCUGGGUUCGAGCAGCUCCCUGUCGAUCCAGCUAUUUUCAAUUCAAUACUAGAAAUGAAGAAAGCGAUUUAUCAUGAGGACUUCGUUGCUGAUGAAGACAGUGGCUGGCUGCUACAAGGAUGGAAAGGCAGAGUGAUGCAUGCAAUAUCCAAAUGGAAGCCCAAUGAAUCUUGUUCUGAGCAGUAA